CAACGCGCAGACCCCAUGGAUUAUGACGUCACAGCACCGCGAGAGCGACUCGAGAGUUGUGCAUGGCGUUUUCUGCUUCUACUGGAACUGCAGUUUAACAACAAGGGUGCCAUGCAGCACAUCAGGCAUUGCCAAAGUUUCCUUAUCAGGAGUAAAAGUUUGAAGUUUUCGAACAGUGUUGUCGCAUCAGUAUCUGUUUGGGAUGGGCGUCUCUCUCACCGUUGGCAGAGUUCUGGAAGUCAUCAGCGGCAGGAAUCUCACAAUGAAAGAAUCUCAAAGUACAGAUUUGCUCUGGCAGGACUGUUGGCAGGUGCUGGAGCGGUCCUCGCAUAUAAUCUCCGUGAUGGCAAGCCGGAGCGUGCGGACACCUCGGGACAGCUAACGGUACCCGAGACCUCUUCUUUUCCGGUUUACAGCCUAGAAGAAGUAUCAAAGCAUCGUUCCCUUGACCACGGCGUGUGGGUCACCUAUAAAGGUGAAGUCUUUGAUAUCACAGAUUUUGUAGCCCUGCACCCUGGCGGUGACAAAAUACUUCUGGCUGCAGGCGGAGCUCUCGAACCCUACUGGGCUUUAUAUGCGGUUCAUCAGCAAGACCAGAUUGUGAACAUCCUCUCUGAAUAUAAAAUCGGCGUGCUUAAUACAGAGAGUUACAGAGAGCAAGAGAAGGCCAACUCUUCAGACCCUUACUGUGCCGAGCCCACGCGUCACCCCGCGCUUCAGAUCAACAGUCUGAAACCUUUCAACGCUGAACCCCCUGCUUCUAUACUGACAGACAAUUACAUCACCCCCUCCGCCAUAUUUUUUAAGCGUAAUCAUCUUCCUGUGCCAAAGGUGGAUCCUGAAACGUACAAGUUGGAGAUCGAGGGUCUUCCCGGUGGAGUCGUUGCACUGACGCUGAAUGAGCUCAAGUCUCGUUUUCCUAAACACACGAUUACAGCGACGCUUCAGUGUGCCGGUAACCGUCGCUCUGACAUGAACAAAGUCAAGCAUGUCAAAGGACUCAAUUGGGGCGUGGCAGCGAUAGGUAAUGCUACGUGGUCGGGUGCGCGUCUGAGGGAUGUGCUCCUGUAUUAUGGCUUUGGACCGGAGGUUACGACAAAGGCUCGACACGUUCAGUUUGAAGGGCUAGACCGAGAUGUGACGGGUGUGGCAUACGGCGCGUCUAUACCACUCAACAAGGCGCUGAGUGAAGAAGGUGAUGUUAUUAUUGCGUAUGAAAUGAACGGGGAGGACCUCCCCGCCGAUCACGGCUACCCUGCUCGAGUGAUCGCACCUGGAAUUGUUGGAGCACGUAAUGUCAAAUGGUUGGGAAAGAUUGUUGUAAGUGAUGAAGAAAGCGAGAGUCACUGGCAGCAAAAUGACUACAAAGGCUUUUCUCCAAGUACUGACUGGGACACCGUAGACUUUAAAUCAGCUCCAGCCAUCCAGGAACUCCCCGUACAGUCAGCUAUCACUCAUCCGGCUGAGGGAGUGUCUGUAGACCCCAGUGCCGGUGAGGUGACUGUUAAAGGAUACGCAUGGAGUGGUGGAGGACGGGAGGUUGUCAGAGUAGAUGUCUCAGUAGAUGGUGGAAACACAUGGCAUGUAGCUAAACUCAGGAGCGGUGAUGAGGAGCAGAAGGACACUGCGCUCCCACCUCCUCCACCAGGAAGAGCCUGGGCUUGGAAGUUAUGGGAGCUCGACAUCCCGCUGCCUGAUAAGGCCACGGAGCUGGAGAUUGUUUGCAAAGCAGUGGACAGUAGUUACAAUGUACAACCGGACAGUGUUGCCCCAAUCUGGAACUUAAGAGGUGUGCUUAGUAACGCGUGGCAUCGGGUAAAAGUCAAAGUGAGUGAUAAACAUUAAAUGAAGUAUUAAAAAAUGGGAAAACCUCUUAUAUCGGACUUCUCGGUUCUUUAGUGCUGAUUGAUCUUCAACUUGGUGCUUUCGUGCAAAGUUUUUUUUUAUAUACGAUUGCACCUUUGAGUAGGAAUAAUAAAUGCUUUCUUAAUGCAUAAUGACAUAUUACUAAAGUCAUCUCAGAGUAUUACCUUGACAAUAAAUUAUACUUUGCCGUACCUCAGUAUAGACGGUUUCAUGGUAUGCACGCGCGUUGUUGCGGUUACGCUUCUGGAGCGAACUUAACUUCCGGUCUCUGUUUGUUAGUGGCUAAACUGAAAUCUGGAACAAAUACCUCGUAGAUUAUACAUACAAUGUUGUUUAUUUAGCUUGUUAUCAGAAAUAAAUUACUCUGUUGUUAUUGAUUCCUUGCAGAGUUUACCAGAAGUUACGUUUGUUCCAUGAAAGCCGUUUGUUUAUGUUAUUACUGCUGAAACCGUCUAAACAUAAAGUAAGACACAUAGGACCCUGAACCACCAGAGGGCGCCCUUGCUCACUAACUUAAUUGAAGUAGCGUGGCAUUAUAUAGAGUAAAUUUGCCCUGCGUUCCAGUUAGUUUUUUAUGACCUUCCCUCAGUCUCGUUUACUCGGAUGUACGUCAUUGCUUACGUUGUACGAGUGCCCACUACUGACGGAACACUUGAAGUGGGUUAAAAAAAGAAACGCCCUAAGCCCUUGAUCACAUGGAAAAUGGAGACCGCCCCCUCCUCGGUCAAAAUCGAGGAAGCGAGGGUCUGUCCAUAUAAACUUCCCUCGUUCGCCUGACGAAGUGGAACACAUUUCAAAAUGGCGACAGGGAUUCCCCCGAGGGGAACUUCCGAGGGGAAGUUCACGAGUGCAUGUCUAGAACUGGAGUGGAACGCAGCCAUGAUGGUAAAUAAAGUUUUUAAUACUUUAACAUUUAUUUGAUUACUUUUUGGGACUUGGACCAGUGCGGCAGGUAUAAGGUGUAUUGGUCUUCAUGUGGCAUACAGUAUAGGAUCAGUACCAUGAGAGUGACACAGAUGUGUUUAAAUGUAUAGGAAAUACAAAACUGUUUGUCAUGCAAGCUGAAUUGUGUCAGUGUUUUAAAAGCACUAUAUGUCAUCAUUGCCACUAGAGGUUGCAAAACCUGAUGACGCUGUGAAGAAGCAGAGAUUGAUGGGAGUCUUUACCUCCACCUCUGCCAAUGAAAAUCCUUCCAACAGGACUCACAAAUAAUGUUUAUGGAUGAUGUCAUGAAAUGAAGUUUUAUAAAGUAUUUUUUUUGUUAUAAUGUGAGCCAACAGAGUAGCAUGCUAGACACAAUAACAACUACUUUCAGAUUUUUGAAUGUGUGCCAUGUGUUCCUGACACAAGUAAUUUGACAGUAAUGCUGUUAAAUGGUUCUUGUGAUACAUUGACUUUGAAAUGUGAAAAACUUACAUAUUGUGCCUUUUAAAGCCAUGCCCAUUAGUGUCAACUUUGCAUAUAUAGAAAAUUUUUGUUGUUCAUAAGUUAUUUUCUUUGAUAAUGUUUUGUUUUGAUUUUAUAAAAUUAGCAGGGCACCUUGUAUACUGAAUACCAUUAUAAUAAAUACUAAUGUUUAUAAAAAUCAA